UUUCCAUUCCCUCCUCACGCACUCUCAUCCUGCAAGGUGCCAUACACACCAAUGGUGUAGAGGAAGCCGAUGUAUCUCCAACGACAAUCACCGACAAAUCAACAAUCAACAGAAGUCGCUGUUUUCUUCUAGGGUUUGUAGCAUAAGAAUCGAGAGAAAAUUGGCAAACAAAGGAGACGAAGGCGUUUGUUUAUCAGGGAAGUGAAAAAAUGUCUGUCAUCUAUGCAACUGCGUCAGAUGCUGAAGAGGCAAAUAAGGAGAGGCAAGCAGAGGAGACAAAGGUGUUUGUUUAUCUGCCCGUUGGUGGACAGAGGUACAUUGAUGCACAUGGCAAGAGGAGACAAAGGUGUUUGUUUAUUGGGUGACAUUUACCUAAGAGAGGGGAUGUGCUAGAUGAAGAGGCAGAGAAGCUGCGGUCUUCUUUAAUGUCUGGAUGGUCAUGGAUUCCCCUGGAUGAUGAUGAUGAGGUGGCACAGAGGGAGAAUUCCUCAUCAUCAAAUGAGAUCACUAUCGAGAUUAUGCAUCCUGGAGUUCCCAAUUUGUUCACUGCAGUGGCCUUUGGCUCUCUAAUCUACCUCAUUGGCGGCCGCUCCUGUUGUUCCAUCUAUCAUGCUAAAGUGUUCUAUUUUGAUACUGCUCACCCUCACCAGGGUUGGAAGGAAGGACCUUCAAUGAUCACUGGCCAAUCUGAGCCCUCAGUUGUCGUGGUCCUUGGUAAGAUUUACGUGUUUGGGGGCAUGGACAUUGAUAAGUUGCCGUACGCGGAGGUUCUCAAUCCCACAUUAAAUAGAUGGGAAGAGUUGCCGGAACCUCCGCACUACCUGCCAAAAAUCGUAGAACCAGUGCACGCACUUCUCUCUGAUGGUUGUGACAACAGACGCAUUCUGAUUCAUCCCUGUAAUACAAGGGCCUUCUUUUCUUACAAUAUAGACACCGGCUCAUGGGAUGUGUUUGACGAAUGGUUUUUUGAUAACUGGUCUGAGAGGGCAGUGGCCGUGAACGGUGUGCUUUACUACUGCGUUCACUCCAAUGUCUAUGCGUAUGAGUUGUUAGAGCGUAAACGGUUCACCAAGUCAGUCAGGGAUUUCAAAGCAGCAAGGAUAGUUUCCCGCCUCAGGAAUUUGAAUAUCCUCUUCCUUCCUAUUUGUUUCAUAUAGGAGGCAGUAAACUUUGCUUGUUCUGGUCUAUGGAUCACGUGACUGCCAUUUGCACUAUAUUCACAGUUCAGAGAUACGACCCAUUGUCUUGUGGAGAGCCUGAUUUUGUUGCUGAUUUCAAGUCUGUGACACCUUAUUACGCCGAUGGCUACCGCGGCCAUUGCAAGAAUUGCCUCGUCUCUAUAGGUGGAGACUACUCUGGAAGUAAGUACUACCAGUGAUUUGAAGGUGUCAGAAAUUCAGGAGGCCAAUAACAGGGUUUCAUCAAAUAUCUACCACUCCCUAAAUCGACCUCCUGUUCUAGCUACGAGACAGCAAAAAUGUAGUGAGUUCCCCCAAUGAAAUAGAAUCAAGCAUCAAAGAAUCUGAUGUGCUAGAAACUAGCACAAGCAGUGCUGAAAAGCCAGGCCAUGGAGUUCAAACAUCUGAAGCUUUAAGUUUGAUGCUGAAGGGAAGAAAGCGGAAUCUCAUAAAUCGAGCUCCGGUUCUUGUCCAAAUAGAGAAUGGGAACGCGAGAAAGAGAGAAAAAGGCGAAAGCUUUUGUAGAUGAAUUUUCUUGUGUGUGACUUUUCCUCCAAUAUAGUGGGUUUUUUGGUCUUCUAGUUUGGUUACCAAUGUUGUUUUAACUAAUGGUAGGCUGGUUUAGUUUAUGUUACAUGGAGAACACUGGACUCCUUCAAGAAUGAGUUUAGGUUUGAUUUCUUGAAGUGUGAAUUUUCUUGUUCAGUUCAUGCCUUCUGCGAGUGGGUUGUUUGAGGCUGACGGGAAAAAAAUAGAUAUUCUGGCCCCUUCAUACAAUAUUAUAUUUUUGGAUGUAGAAGUUACUUCUUUUUUGAAAACAUAGAUAUUAAAUA